UGGCGGCUGUUUCCUCCACCAACCCCCAACCCAGAUACAUUCACACACACCAACCGUCGACGUCACCUGUAUAUACAACAUCACACACUUGCAUUACACCUACCCUCUCUCUCUCCAACAAUGGCAUCUUCUCUCUCUGCGAAAUCAUUCAUCGGAGCUCUAUCUUCAGACCGAUCCUCACGAUUCGGUUCUUCACCUCAUUCCGAUCUCCGUUCUGCAGUCCUUCAAAUCUCCACUAGCCGUCGUCAAUCACGCUCUCCAACACUCGAGGUAAAAGCAGUUGGAAGUACAUAUGGAAACUACUUUCGUGUUACAACGUUUGGUGAAUCUCACGGUGGCGGAGUUGGUUGCGUGAUUGAUGGAUGCCCUCCUCGAAUUCCCCUUUCAGAGGCUGAUCUACAAGUCGAUCUCGACAGGAGGAGGCCAGGUCAGAGUCGGAUUACGACACCUAGAAAAGAAACCGACACAGCUCACAUAUAUUCAGGUGUUGCUGAAGGAUAUACUACUGGAUCUCCGAUUAUGAUCAAAGUGCCCAAUACAGACCAAAGGGGAAAAGAUUACAGUGAAAUGUCAAUGGCGUAUAGACCUUCUCACGCUGAUGCUACUUAUGACUUCAAGUACGGUACGAGAUCAGUGGAGGGCGGUGGUCGGUCAUCCGCUAGAGAGACGAUUGGUAGAGUUGCUGCUGGUGCUGUUGCUAAAAAAAUUUUGAAAGCAUAUUCAGGAACUGAGGUUCUUGCGUAUGUAUCGCAAGCUCACAAGGUUGUACUUCUGGAAGAGCUAGUGGAUCAUGAAACAUUGACCCUGGAUCAGGUAGAAAGCAACAUUGCCAGGUGUCCGGAUCCCGAAUAUGCAGAGAAGAUGAUUGCUGCUAUCGAUGCAGUCCGAGUGAGAGGAGAUUCGGUUGGUGGUGUUGUUACGUGUAUUGUGAGGAACCUCCCUCGUGGGCUCGGUUCACCGGUUUUUGACAAACUUGAAGCUGAGUUAGCUAAGGCGGCUUUGUCGUUACCCGCAACCAAGGGCUUUGAGUUUGGCAGUGGAUUUGCAGGUACAUUUUUGACUGGUAGUGAGCAUAAUGACGAGUUUUACAUGGAUGAACAUGGACGCGUGAGGACAAGAACAAACCGCUCGGGUGGGAUCCAAGGUGGUAUUUCCAAUGGAGAGAUCAUCAACAUGAGAAUAGCUUUCAAACCAACAUCGACUAUCAGUAGGAAGCAAAACACAGUGACCAGAGACAAAAAGGAAACAGAACUCAUCGCUCGUGGCCGACAUGACCCAUGCGUCGUCCCAAGAGCCGUGCCCAUGGUAGAAGCAUCAGUGGCAUUGGUGUUGAUCGAUCAGUUACUAGCACAAUACGCUCAGUGUCAGUUGUUCCCCAUUAAUCCCGAGUUCCAAGAGCCAUUGCAGCUCCCCAAACUUCAACAAACCGGCAUUCCCUUAUAAACCUUGCCCUCAAUAUCUCAAAAUUUUUUGUUCCCGAGGUAAACGGUUUAUUAUUAUAUUGUCUUCGCCGCCCUAGGCUUGUCCACAGGUGUUGUAGAUUCAAGGAUUGUUCAUGGGGAGGUAGUUAUGGCUUCAAUUUCCGUUGAUUUACAUUAAAAUGGAUGGUUGAUCAAAUCCAGAUUUGUAGUAAAAUUUUAUUGUCAACUUUUUAUAUUACAAACUUUAGUUUUCUGAUUA